GACGUCACUGCACGAAAAGAGCUGCUUGCAGCGGCACCGCUGUGAAUAUCUCUACGCUCACUGCCAGGACCGAGGAGUGUGCAGAGAGAGGAGGAGAGAAGGUGAAGAGAAGUCGAUUUUUUUUGGAUCCAACUGGAAAACUACCGGGCUCGCACGGCGCGGCACGCACCGAACGGAGGGCAUUUCAACGUUUUCGCCGCGCGCCCCCCCCUCUCCUCCCCUCGCCUCCUCACUGCGAUCGGAUCGGACCGGAGCCGAGAAUGGAGCUCCCUGCCGCCGGCGAGCACGUCUUCGCGGUGGAGGGCAUCGAAAAAAAGCGCAUUCGGAAGGGCAAGAUCGAGUACCUGGUCAAGUGGCGCGGCUGGUCUCCAAAGUACAACACAUGGGAGCCGGAGGAAAACAUCCUGGACCCGCGCCUCCUCGUCGCGUUUCAACACAGAGAGAGGCAGGAGCAGAUGAUGGGAUACCGAAAGCGGGGGCCGAAACCAAAACAUCUUCUGCUUCAGGUACCAUCAUUUGCCCGGAGGUCAAACAUCCCAGCGGGAUUUGAGGAAACGGUCCAGGACACAGAGGGAACCUUUAAGUUGGAUCCCGUCCAGCGUCCUCAGCCGCAGCAUUACCAGCUGAACAGCAAAAAACACCAUCAGUACCAACCCAACAGCCAGGAGAUCCCUGCUGACUCUCUGAACAACAGCAAAAAGAAGUUCAUCUACCAGCUUAACAGCAAGAAGCACCACCAUUACGAGCCCGACCCGCACAUGUAUGAUGCACAGGUUUCGAGGCUGAAGGAGGUGGUCAAAGUUCAGGAGCCAGCCAGCAAGCUUGCGAAUCCUGGGUGGAACCUACCUUUGGCCCUGCAGCAGAAAUGGAUCCGGAACAAAGACACUGGGUGCUUGAGCAAAGUCAAAGAGUUGGCGGUGGAGGUCAGGAAACCGGUUAAAGAUGCGCAGAGUGAGAAUGCACUAAAGCCCAACCCUAAGGAGGCUACUCUGCCUAGCGCCGUGAGCAGCAAAAUGAAGAUAAUCAAGAACAAAAACAAUAACGGACGCAUUGUUAUUGUCAUGAGCAAAUACAUGGACGGCAACAAGGUUCAUGGAGCAAAGGAUAAACACAGGGAAUCAUCAAGAGACGAGAAAACACAAAACUCCAAAACACAAGAGAACAAUCCGCCGCCCGGGGCCAAAAUGACUGAACACCCGGAGAACGGGAUUCCCAAAGAGAUCUGUAAGGGCAGCUCCGUGUCUGUUGCGGAGCAUCCCUUGAAGUGUUCCCCCAAAGACAGGCAUUUUUCCAAACCAUCUCCGAGCACAGCCGAGGAAUACAACACCGAAGUGGCCCGCGGCCAGGCGGAUUUACCGGACGACUUGCCCCUGCAGCUGACAGCCAGCUCCCCCCCGACAUCUUGGACCGCCGACACGGCCAUCCCGACGCCUACUGCCGUUGACCAAAUCCGGAUCCCCUCGUUCCCCUGCGACCGGAAAAGGAAGCUGUCGGAUCCGGUGGAGGACAGGAACCUUGGUAAAAUCUUCCUGGCGUCCAGGAGCUUGAGUGUGCCGACGGCUGCGGUGACGCCACCUCAGGACAAACCCAUGGACCUCCACUGCAGCGUGGCACGUCGCAGCAGUAUGUGUACAACGUACGACGCGAAUGGAAGCCAGGAGGAGCCGAUGGACCUCAGCUGUCCCAAAAACAGGAGGCAGGUGGAGGCAGAAGUCCAGCCGCCGGUGGAGGCGGAGCCUGUCGUUGAAGACACACCUCCUCCGAAGGAGAACACGCAGAAAUCCUGUGAAAAAUCUCCAGAGGAACCUGCGAACAAAAUCUCCCCUUUUAUGGGGAACAUCAUCAUCACUGACAUCACGACAAACAGCCUCACAGUCACCUUUAAGGAAUACGUUUCUUUCUAAAAUAAAAAAUAAAAAAAAUAAAAAUAUGGGACUCCCAGCUUCUGAUUGGCUGAUCCUGUGAAUAUGUGCAUAUGUAGAAAAAAUUAAGAAAAACACAAGAAUUUUGUACAUAUUGAAAUUUAUAAUUUAUAAGUCAAAUUCAGUAUGUUUCCUAUGACAUUUUAUACUGUAACGCCAAUGUGAUGUUGUAGCCAAGAAAGUGCCCUCGACUAUUUGAGUGAAUGCAUCACUCUGAUGGGGGAUUCUCCACCAAAAACAAACAAAAAAAAUCUUUGUCAUAUUGAGCUUAAGGAGGGAACUAUCGCUGUUUUUCAUACUUGUACCAAACUUAUAACCUGAGAUAUAUGAAGGUUUAUACAUGUUUCGUAUUACUAAUAUCUGUUCAUGUCGGUCGAAGAGAAGAUUUGUGAAUGGACUGCGGUUGCAGAUCGAAUUUAAAGCACUUAAUGCAUUUUCAUAUGUUUUGCUUGUGUCACUGCCGUUGGAGAAACAGUCACAGAUUAUUUUGUUGCUGUAAUAGACAGACCCCUUAUUGUAGAUUGGCAUAUUAUUUUUGUGUUUUGUUUGUGGGCUGUUUAAAAAGAAAAAAGUUACUCGCCGUGACAUGCAAAUUCAAAAAGCGGGUGUGUCAGGAUACAGUGUAAACACGAGCUGCUGGGCACAGGCAUGUGUCUGCUCCUUUGAAGCAAUCUGACUGCAGACUGAAAUGAAUCAGAUCUACAAGCCAAACUUAUCUACCUUAAUUUUAGGAGAUGCUUGAGGUGUUAAAGAGAUUGCUUAUAUUCUUUUCAAGUGAGGUACUUUAAAGUUAGUGUCGGUAAUUGUUGGUUAAAGAAAUGAUUUUAUUGAAAGUUUGUGGAAAGGAGAAUAAGUCCUGUCAGUGGUGGGAGGCUAAUGGUUUGCCUUUAGUUUAUAUUAUCAACUUAACCCUUCAAAUGUUUAUAUCUGUAAGAUGCAAUGAUGUUUUUAGCAGAUAUAAAUUGCCACUUGUUAAAAUUGCUGUUAAAUUUGUGAUGUUUUCUCAGCUUGGCGACAUGAAUAUUGCUAAACAAUAUCAAUCUGCCUCAGUUGUGUUAGAUGCAAAUUGCAAAAUUCACCAAGAAAGCAAAUAUAAGAGGGUUAAUUAAGUUGAGCCCCCAAAUUAAAUUAAGCUAAGGUCCUCAGACAUUGGGCUGGCUCCGAGUCAAAAACACAUAUCUGUCCUAAUACCCAAAUUAUUUAAGAUUUAUUAUUCAACAAGACCCAUCACAGACCAAAUAUGACUUGCAAAUUGUGGAUAUUUUCCUCCGACUGUCCCUCUGGAGUCUUGCUUUAUUUGCAUGGCACACUUUUGAAAUUUCUUCUCUAUGGUAGUGUGAACAACCAUUUUGAGUUUAAUUUGCUUUAAGUUGCUACAGUAUGCAAAAAUGGGAGACACGUCUGCCUAACUUAUCCUUCUACUAAUCUUAUGUAUUAUUAACUCUUUUUUUUUUAAUAAACUCACUGCUAUGUGAUCUCUUCCCACUACCAGAAAUGGAGAUGUUACUGAUUUUAGGUCCUCAGAACCUCCUUUUAAAAAAGCAGAAUUAUUCCUUUUAAUAUAUUUAAUCUGCUCCCAAAUCCCAGAGCUCCUAAAAAAUAGUGUCAUUUAUAUGUAUAUAUACAUAUAUAUAUAUAUAUACAUAUAAAUGACUCCUGUUACUUGAGUUUUGCUAAAUCAAAGUUUUGCUUUCUACUUCUUGAAAUGCAAGAGCUCAUCUCAUUGUUUUAUCUGUCAAAGCUCACUGUAAUAUUCUGAAAGCUACCAAGGUUGUUAAUUAUACAGACUAAAUGGGACUUUUCAGUGAUGUCCUGGGCGUCCAAGCCGUUUUGAUUAUUCAUGCUGCUGAUGGUUACAAAGCUGUUGGAUGUAAGCUACAGCAACGUUUGAGUCCUAAUGGCCUUUCCCGCACAUUUAAUGCAAAUCCAGUCAGAAUGCUAAAACAAAAGGCUGUGUUGAUGAAAAUGAAGAGUGCUUAUUUAUUGAUGUUAAAGUUUUAGUUAAAAAGAAAAAAAAAAGCAGAAUCUGCAUUCUGUGCUUUGUUUUCACCAAACAGUUUCAUCUCGAGGAAUUUUCCAGAGUUCCUUUUUGUUUUUCCUUUGCUUCGUCUUUGCACUCUGUUUAAAGUGGAAAUGAUUGUUAUAAAGUAUGCUGUAUUGGCUGACCAUGUAUGCCCGGCUCCCUGGAUGGUAUGUCUCACAAUAAAAACGGAGAUUUGACCUGUG